AAGAUAAUGGAUGAUUCAACUUCAGAUUGUCAGUUGAACCAGGGCAAAGUGGAUUUUGAAUUUGAAUCGAAUGAAGUUCUUGAGCCCCUCUAUGUUGUUAAUGACCAGUUUGUUCCCAAGGUUGGAAUGACUUUUAACACCCUUGAAGAUGCUGCAAAAUUUUACAAGGACUAUGCAAAGGCUGUAAGUUUUUCUACAAGAGUUCGGAGCACAAAUAAGAAGGGAAAAUGGAAAUCUAAAAUAUCUCUGACCGAGAAGGCAAAUCCCACAGCUGGUUUAAAUUGCCCUGCAAGAAUUUAUAUACACGUAUUGAAGGAUGUUGGUGUUUGGAUCAUUUUGAAGGUCGUGUUGCAUCAUUCACAUCCUUACUGUCCCGAUCAAGCACAGAUGCUCAAACAGCACAGGGAGCUAAGCAUGUCCGUGUGUCGUGCAAUAGAGAAUAACGAGGAAGCCAGUAUCAGACCUAGCAAAACUUUCCAAUCAUUUGUUGCAGCAGCCGGAGGUCAUUGCGAGUUAAAUUUUAUCGAAAAAGACGUGAGGAGUUACAUCACUAAAUUAAUGUUGUUUUAUGAAUCUGCUCCAGAGGUAUACUUUGAAUCCAAGGAACUGACUGCCAUUCUGCACCGUGCCUACGAUAACGUCAUGGUUGAGAUAGAAGAACUGAAAGCCAAAUGGAAGGGGACAUGUUCGUUAUCUCACGAAGAUGCCAACUUGGAAUCCGUUAACGAGCUUCAAAGCCCUCCAAGGAUUUGA